ACGCCAUGCAAAGGCACUGAUGCAGUGCAAAGGGUAACCAUCGCACCAGUAAAUGAAUACAUGCAUGUUUGGAAACGUUUUAACGACAAUUUACAGUCUUCUCAACCAGUCCAAUACAAAUAUUUACAAUAGGUCCAUGUUGGCGGGUUCAUGUCCGAAAAAUAGAAGAGAUAGGUAUCAUAUUAAUUCCGUGAAGAUCCAAGUAUCCUAUAAUGGAAAGUGUGGAACAUUUGCGCCACCUGGAAUUCCCUCACUCAACCCAGCUGGCAUUACAGUACAUACAGCAGCACUCUGGAGAUUGUGACAGUACUUCCACAGAAGACAGGAUACCUGGGCUGGGGGGUGGCUCUGAGAGCAUCACCCAAGAGCUGGCACAGGAGUUUGUGUUCUUUCAGACACCUGGGAGACAGAAGUUGUCAGCCAUUCAGGAGUUUCAGUUGAUAGAGCUCCUGUGUAAUUAUUUCCAUGAGCAGAAGGAUGGUGGUAAAGCGCAGGCCAUCUUCAAUACACUGUUUGACAGUCGCCCAGGGUUGUUCCAAGCCUACCAGCUCAGUGUUCUCAGUAGCCUGGUAUCCAUGGGUGUGGCCAUGAAGUGCACUGUCUUAUUAGAUUGUGCAGCCAUCUGGAUCCAGAAACAUGGUUACAGCACUCAGAAUUCGGAAAACUUAAUCAGGGAUUUGGUAAAGGAUUAUUGUCUCCUGAUUCCUGGGACUACAUCCAUCUUAGAAGAACUACCACAGAUAUCAGCAAAAUUUGCCUGUAGCUUCAUAGCUGUCACCUCUGCUAUUUACAAUAUGUCAGUUCCAGACACAGAUAUUCCAUUUUCCUUGCUGCAACAGAUCACAAAAUGGGUGGAGCAGGAUCCAACACUCUGCUUACAACUGCUGCCACCUGUUAGUCACUCCCUCAAGACAAGCAGUGCCAAAUCUGUUGUACUGCAUACACCUAUUCUAGGACUUCUUGCUUGGUCAGUAGUGAUUCCUAUAAAGAAAGAACUAAGGACUUUACGCCAGAAGGAGCAACAAAAUAAUGGGACCAAGACCAUUGAUUCUCAGGCUGUGCGUUUGGUAUCAGACAGUGAAUUUUCUGCUGAAACUUUGUGCUCCAGGCUCCAUUUGGGCCUCUUGAAGACAAUUUUAGUGAUUGGUUCAUCUCCUCAGCACAUCCAAAUACAUUUACACAUCCAGGAUGUGCUCAGUUUAGCCCAGGAGGUGGCGACAUUGAGCUCUGGGAGGACAGGACUGAAGACUGUGCUUAGUGGGGCUGAAAGGCUGCUUCAAGCACUCCAGGUGGCUAUGUAUGUGAAGGCUUGCAGAUGCCAAGCAGAGGAUUUGAAAAACCUUGGGAAGACACUUCCAACAACCAGAUUACUUGAUAUUCUGCUUCAAAGAUUGAGCUCCACAUCUGCAUCACAUGAACCUAUGGAACAUUGAACACCAUCAGGGGCAAAUAAGAGAAAUAGGAUUUCUCUAGUACAAGUUAUCAUCAAAUUUUUGGCCUAAGUUAUAAAAUGCACUCAACAACAAUGUGCUUUUAUGUUAUGUUUAAACACUAUAUCAAGGACACUUGUAAAUAAAUAUAUUUACCAUCGAGUGGAUAGCCUUGCAAUUUGUUCUUUUUUGAGAAAUAUACAAGAUAAAAAUACAAUUUAUUGAUAAUACAAGGCCAUUGGGAAAGUUUUUCUCUGGUCCACUCUUGAGUAACAAUUUUACAUUAUUUUUCCACAACAUUUGUUUAACUAAUAGACAUCGAAGUAAGUAUAUAAAAAGAUUUGUAAGGUUAUUGACACCAAAUGAGAUCAGUCGCACAGGGCUUAGGUCACCGUCUAUUUAUCAAGUCGUGAUUGUCAAAUAUCCGGAGAUUUCCAGACAAAUAUUCGGACAUUUCCGGAGACUUAAUCAAACAUGUUAUUUCAUGCAUAUGCGUUUAGAGGUUAAAUAUUCAGUUGUCCACUUGGGAAGACUUGAUAUUUAGAAUAUGUUGAAAUGUCUUUUAAAAAUAGAUUUCCAAAAGCUGCCAGUUUGAAAUUUCUGAAGGGUUUUCAUCACAUAUUUCUGAAUCAAUUAAAUCUGUAACUCUGUUCUAAUUGGUCUUUGAACGACCUUGGUCAAAAUAAAAUUUGUUUUUAAAAUCCAA